AUGUACUUCUGUAGGCUGAAAAAGAAGAACCACUUCAAUGCGCGAGAAUUCCUUCGCAGGCUAGCCGGACGCGAAGAAGGAGAAGAACAGGAGAGCACGAGUAGCCAUUUCCGACAAGAAACUUGCGGCAUGCUCGACGUUGCAGAGGGUCUAAUGCCAACACACCUCCUCGAGGCGUCACCAUUCUCUCUAGAAAUGCCAGGAGAACAGACUUCUGAAGGUCCACCUCGCAAAAGGCGAAAGUCCGGUGACUCUUCUUCUUCUGAAGUUGACCCCGAGGAGCCUCCGGCUGUGCCUCCGGUCGAUGACUGGUGGCUUAAGCCAACGGAAUACGAAACACAAGAAAAAUUGUCUCCGGAUCAGGAAAGUCCGUCUUCGGCCCUCAGUUCCUCGCCGCUGACCCAGUCUGAAGGCUGUCACCCCGACCUUGCUUGCCUAGAGCCAUUAAGCCCUCUGUUAGAUGAAGAAAUGGACAAGGCCGUGCAGAAAUCAGUACAAGCAUACGUGGCUUCUGCAAAAUCUAAGGAAAACCUCAGCUAUUUAGUGACUGUGGAGGCACCAGACACGCUUUCUAAUGUUGCGAAAGAAUUAUUUUCGGAUGAGACAGUUCUACGCCAGUUGAUUGGUUUGGUGGAGGGCGAAAUAGACGUGGCCCUAGCACCUGCAAAAGACACUCCUUCGGGGCCACCCGUCGGUGAAUCGUCUGCUGACGCUAGCAGCAGUGACAAUAUCUCCUCACCUUCGCCUUCGAUUCAACAGCAAAAGGAAGUUCCAAGCACUUCCGGUGCGAAGGGAAGCUCAGAGCAUUCUGCUCAUUCUCAAACGCCAUCUGAAUCAGAGAAAUCUGAAGAGGAAGGCUCCCUUCAGGACAAAACAACACGUGAAACCAUAGAGACUACCAAGGAAAGCUCUGCCCCUUGUGAAGCACCAUAUGAAUUCACGUUGGCAGCGGAAUCAUCCCCCUCUGGGGACAGUUCCGAUCUGGAAGCCCGUGCUGCGGAGGUCGCACAAGCUGUGGAUCCCAAGGAAGCCCCUUCAGAAGGCAGCUCCAGUCUGCUCCAAAUAUUGCGCAAGCCUCAAAAAGUGCUUCCGUACCCAGGUGAUAAGAAUCAUCCGUAUUACCGGCUCCCAACGCCCGCAGCAACUCAACCAGAAGGCUCGGACAUGGACAGAUUUGAUGAACAUUUUGUUUUCUUUGUGGCAGAACCAUCAGCAGGAGCCGCAGCAAAGCUUCUACCCAUUCGCGAGAUUUUGCUGAAGUCUAAGGUGGAUGAAGUGGAUGUGAGGUAUCUCGUGCAUCACGGCGAACAGCUUGUAGCCUAUGCUUUCAAGUACUUGACAACAGACCUGAGAAAGAAACCCCUGUAUCGCGCGAGGGAGCAUUUGUGUCGUCGUGUUCUCGCGGCAGAUGCCUUGUGGGCUCUCUGCGAAGUCGUAGGCCCUCCAAUGAGAAAGGAGGUUUGGUGGGAUAAACUUAUGGGACUGAUGGCAGGUACCUCAUGUGACAAGAACCAGCCGAGAAACGCUGAGAAACAUCCGUUCGUGAGGGACCUCGUUGAUGCUUUGCAAUUGUACAGAGAGGGAAACCGACCAGAACCAGAGGUAGUAGUAAAGCUGAAGCGGGUGAUGUUCCGGGCUCCCUGCAUGAUGGACGAGUUUAAAAGCCCCCUGUGGGAGCCCUGGAGACAAGACGACAAACUUUAUGGAAGCACGUCUUGA